AUGACUUCGAUAGAUAAGUCCACGCUGUGGGCCAACCGCAAAUGUCUCCUCAUCUGUUCAGCGGUCGCAAUGGCCAGCAUGCAGUACGGUAUAGAUACUGCAGCGGUGGGAGGUUUGCAAGCGAUGCCGGGAUUCCUGAUGGUGUUUGGGUAUGAAGAUCCCACGAGUCCGCUGGGUUAUGGCAUUGAUUCGACCGUACAACAGCUCAUGACCAGCCUGAUGAAUUUAGGGGCCUGCAUCUCCUCCAUCGCGGCAGGUAUCUUCGGCGCCUACUUUGGUCGCAGACCAGCUUUAUGGCUGGCAUGUCUCUUGUGCUCUGGAUCUGUCGCAUUACAGAUCGGGUCGUCUUCACCGGCGGGUCUCUACGUCGGCCGCCUCUUCCUGGGGUUCUCAAAUGGAUUCUUCGUAGUCUUCUCGACUGUGUAUUGCAGUGAAGCGGCACCCGCACAUCUUCGAGAAAUCAUGGUCGGACUCUUUUCUUUCUAUGUUAACCUUGGCAGCAUCAUCGGCUCCGUGGUCGACAACUAUACGAAGCACCAUCUCAGCAAACUCAGCUAUCGCAUUCCGCUAGCUUGUAUGUUCAUCGUCCCAUGUCUCCUGACAAUUUCCCUCCUCUUCGUCCCAGAAAGUCCUCGGUGGCUGCUACACCAUGAUCAGACCGAUGCAGCGCGCAAGUCACUGGAAACGCUCCGGUCCGACCACGGCGAGCAACUCGAACUGGAAUGGGCGGAGAUGCUACGCGGAGUUGCAGAAGAACAGCGCAUCGCCAAGAGUACGCAGCUCAUGGACAUGUUCAAGGGCCAUGAUCGUCGACGAACGCUAUUGUGCUACGCUACGAUUGCGUCGCAAUCUGCGUCGGGAAGCUGGUUUUUCAUUGGUUACCAGACAUACUUCUUGAGCCUUGCUGGUAUUACCAAAGCUUUCGAGUACACCAUUAUGAUUACCUGUAUCGGCUUCAUUGCGUGCGGCAUUGCUUCGAGCGUUUCGCCAAACUCAAAGGCGACGGGCAACGUGUUGGUCGCUUUUACCGCGCUUUUCAUGUUUUGCUAUAAUGCCGGAGUAGGAGUCGCAACUUCGCCCUUAGCAACGGAAAUGGUCAGCUCGCGACUUCGUGCUUCGACCGUAGGAAGCGCUAACGCGCUCGGGUACUUCCUCGCAUGGCUCGGGCCGCAGUAUUCGUACAUUUGGGCCGCUUCGAACUUCAUAUGUCUGAUUUGGUUCUAUUUCUUCAUUCCGGAGACGAAAGCGCGAUCCCUAGAGGAACUCGAUGAGAUCUUCGAGGAGGGUAUUUCUGCGAGAAAGUUCAAGCAGUAUCAGUGCCGAAUCGUAGAAGACGCCAAGCACGAUGUUUUCGGAGAGAAGGUCGAAGCCGUGAAGUAA